AUGAAAUCUCGAAUUAUCAUCUUGUCAUGCAUGGCUGGUGUUGAUUUAGUUUUCUUUGUUAUGGUGAUUUCAAUUUAUAUUAUAAAUAGAAAGCUUACAUACAGAGCAGGAAUCACAAUCUUAAAGAGAUUUUCUCCAUAUGCUUUGAUGAACAAUAAAAUUUUCAGCAAAGUAUUCCUCAAAGGAAAAUUGCAUGAUAAGAAUGAAAAAUUGUCAAUUGAAGGCUUAAUCUUUAAGAACGCAAGUGACACAAUUUUAUGCUCAAACAUCAAUGGAACUGUCGAAGUCCACAAUAAUUCUUCAAGCCAACUCUUCGGAUACACUCCUGCUCAAAUUUUGGGACAGCAAAUUACACUGUUUUUCUCUCAGAAGUCCCAAGAAAUAAUUCUCAAUAAAAUGGAGAUGAUGAAGAGUGGACAAGCUUCAUCAUUUGUAGAGGAAGAUUUAUAUGCUUUGACAGACUCGAAUUCGGAAAUUCCAGUUCAUGUAACAAUCAUUGGAAUGAAGAAAGAAGAAAAUGAUAGCAACAUCAACUCAUUUGUAUUCGUUUUCAGAGAUCAAUCAAAUUUGGUGAAGCAAAAGCAGCAAGCUGAAGAAGCUAAAGCCAAAUCAGAGAAGCUCUUAUAUCAGAUAUUACCACGCGAUAUCGUUUUACAGCUCAACAGAGGCGAAAAAGAUAUUUCGUUCGUCGUUCCUUCAGGAACAAUCAUUUUCAUCGAUAUCAAUAAAUUCUCUGAAUAUGCUGCAAACUUGUCACCUCAAGAUAUCAUGGCAAAUUUGUCAACAUACUUUGCAUUAAUUGAUAAAACAGCAGCCAAAUACAACAUGGUGCAAAAGAUCAAAUUAAUUGGUGAUAUUUAUAUGGCAGCAACUGGCUUGUUCAAUCCAGAAUCUUCUCCUGAAUCACAUGCCGAUCAAACAGUUCAAUUUGCUCAUGACUGUUUGGGAGCUUUAGACGAAGUUAACAUCAAAUUGACAUCAAAUCUUCAGAUUCGUAUUGGUGUCAACACUGGAGGUUCAAUUAUUGCUGGCGUUCUCGGAACUGAUAAACCAGUUUUCGAUAUAAUUGGAGAUCCAAUUAAUGUAGCAGCAAGGUUACAAUCAACAGCCGAAGUUAACAGAGUUCACAUUUCACAAGCAACAUACGACCUAUUGAAAGGAUUCUCCUAUCAGUUCAUCCAAAGAGGAGAAACAUUCUUGAAAGGAAAAGGAAAACAAAUGACUUAUUAUGUCAGUUUGGGUUCAACAUGGUUCGGAAGAAAUAACUCUGCACAUUUAUUCAAAGUGGCAUCUGCUAUUGAGAAUUAA